AUGCCAAAAGAAACCAAAGGUCAACAAAAAGGUGCGAGAUCUAAGUAUGAAACAACCGAACAAACUGAAACCUAUAGACAACAAGAUGCUAAAGAAAAGAAAAUUCUGGGACCUAAAACCAAAUUAGAUUUAGAAAAAUUAGAACCUUACUUCACUUAAAACAAUAACUAUGUUGGAAUGUUCAAGAAGGAUGCAGGAAAGACAGACAAUAGUACAGCUGUAGCAUAUUCUGUAACAUUUCAUCGUAACUGUUAGCAUCCAUUAGAUAGAUUGGGAAUUGUAGAGAAUGAGUACUGUUAAAAAUGCAAGAAGGAUAAGGGAUUCUGUCCUCAUAAGAAGGGUACUCACAACACUGUCAAGGAUCAAUUCCAAUUUCCAAUAAUAAGCUCAGCCGAAAUUGGAUGGAGAGAACCCAUCGACAAUGUGAAUUGGGGAUAUGGAGUUAAGCAGUCUUUCCCAAAUUUCAAUGCCGAUUUCAGAAACACCACUAAAAAAGAGGAAAAGGAAAAGAAAUGA